AUGAGAAUGCUUCUGCUCUUGAGUUUGCUAGCUCUUGAAACUGGCUAUGCUUGUGGCCUUGCCAUAGAAAGUCCUGUGCAAAGACUGGUGGCAGAGACCUUAACACUGCUCUCAACUCAUCGAACUCUGCUGAUAGGCAAUGGGACCCCAAGGAUUCUUACUCCUAUGCAUAAAAAUCACCAACUAUGCAUCGAAGAAAUCUUCCAAGGAAUAGACACACUGAAGAAUCAAACUGUACAAGACGAUGGUGUAGAAAUACUGUUUCAAAACUUGUCUUUACUCAAGGAAUACAUAGACCUCCAAAAAAAAAAGUGCGGAGGAGAAAGACGGAAAGUAAAGCAAUUCUUAGACUACCUGCAAGAGUUUCUCGGUGUACUAAACACCAAUUGGACAAUAGAAAUUUGA